UCUUAUUUUGAAAGGCAUGAUUCAUACGUCGCUUCCGGCUGCUGUAGUUCUCAUAACAUCCAGCUAGAGUUGCGACUGAAAGCUAACGCUAGCUCUAUCUAUUGUUAAUACAUAUAAUAACACAGACAGGGGGAAAAAAACAUGUCCGAUACGGAGACAAAACCAUCCAGCCAAGACGGGGGGGACAAGAAGGAUGGAGAGUACAUCAAAUUAAAAGUGAUCGGUCAGGACAGCAGCGAAAUCCAUUUUAAGGUUAAAAUGACAACACAUCUGAAGAAACUCAAGGAGUCUUACAGCCAGAGACAGGGUGUUCCGGCAAGCACGCUAAGGUUUCUGUUUGAAGGACAAAGAAUCGCAGACAACCAAACUCCGAAAGAGCUGGGGAUGGAGGACGAGGACGUCAUCGAGGUUUAUCAAGAACAGACUGGAGGACUGUGGAAUGAUUAAACCUGCAGCAUUUCUAAAUAUUUUCUUUUUUCUUAUUUUGUAUUUUCUUUUGUAUGUAUGUACGUAUUUUUGUUCAGUUUCAAACCAUCUGGAUCAAAACUGACUCUUAUCAGGGCUUCCAUGUGUGAGGGCAGAAAGGUGAACAGACUGAGGUAAGGGCCGAGGAAAACCACAGCAGGGUCUGAUUCUCUCAAGUGCAGGGAUGCUCAUGUUGUGGACCCGAGCAAUAGCACUCAAAUUUACAUCGACAAGCAUCUUGUUUUCAUUAGUUUUUUUCUUGUCUUUUUUUGGGGCGUCAGCAGAAAGAAUUCACGCUGAACAAGCUGCAUUAAAGGAAUAGUCCAGUCCACCCAGUCAGACUUAAUACAGCAGCAACAGAGAGGAAGUUAACGUUGCAAUAUCACAAAGUGAAACAGCUUUGUGGCAGCUUUUUCCCAAAAAAAAUCUAAAAUAAAGAAACACAAAAUAUGACAGUCACGUGUCAUUAAGCCGCCCCUUCCUGUAUUGAUUUCAUGUUAGUGAAGUCAAACAGGUGGCUGUUUGGGACCAAAGUGUAAUAUUUACUUCUUUUUUAUCUCAUAGAUUAUAAGCAAUUGCUCUACACCCUGUUUUGGAAAAAGACUGUGAUAAUCAAUCCCAUUUAAAGUGGCUUUACGUGUGAUUUAUAGCCACUUAGAGAGAAGAGAUUUAAACCGGACAGAGGGAGCGUGAGCACUUCUCCGCUAUAUCUUUAAAUAGUAAAGUUGUUUCCUGCUGUAUUCACGUUCUGAAUGUGGUGUACAGGCAGUUUUAAUUGAAGGAGGCUGAAGCAAAGCUGUUUCUGCUGAACAGAUGUCAGAAAUAGAUUUCUGGAUGUACUAUUCCUUUAAAACAAGCAGCGGUUACACCGGCCCCGUCUUCUGUUCCCCCUGUACAGGACGUUGAGAAUCGACUUUGCUAGCACACCUCAUUAAUUUGACAGAGGAGUUUAACACACCAAGUUAGACGUCAAAGAUGCAGUUAUUUGUACACGUGGCAGUUCAGUCCACACAUCUUCUGUAGAACAUUCAGGGCAUUUAGCGGCAAUCUGUUUGAGUUCACUUUGACAACACGUGCUUAUAAAGAGCCACAUUGUCAACAUUUGUCUCUGUAGAUUUGAAUAAUUUGCAUUUACAGCUUUUCUGUGUGCCAUUCCAGAAGAACUGCACCGAUCACAAAAUUGUAAAAAUUCUGCUAUUAAUUGACCUGAUGCGGUGAUAUUUUUACCACAUUUUCGAUGAUAAUUGUGCUUUACUUGUAUAUGUUGUAUUCAGUAUUAGAGUGUGUUUGAAUGAUAUGCCAUAUGUAUCUCCAGUGUCGUCUUUUAUUUAUAUUUGAGGGAUUCAUUCUGUAAUGAUAUAUCUAAAUAUAUACCCGUUAUGGAAAUAUUUUGCUCGCUGACAGUCACGCAGUGUUUUAAACUCAGAUGAUUCUGUCCUCCAGCAGUUUGUUUAAGGAAAAAAAAAUCUUGCAAAUUGUUAAAAUAGUCCUCCACGUUCAUGACACGUUAUACUGUGGUGUCAGUGCUUGUUUUAAAGCUUUUUUGGUUUUUGUUUUUUGGAAUGAAACUCUCAACCUCUGUACUGUAUGACGUUCCUCAAGAAGGUUAAAAUCAAGAGCAGAACCCAAACUUUGUCAACUUUGAAAUGGGCGAGAUGAAUGAGAAAAACAAAGAUGCUAAACUCCCGAAAAAGGAAAUAAUCAACAAGAACACGUUGUUGAACGUUUGGUUAUUUCACUCUCUCGGGUUAAAACCGCAGUAUGAUGUUUGAGCCACACCUCUGGGACACCUGUGCAUACAAAUUCAGAAGCAUGUCAGCUGUUUCUACUGCCAUACAUUAUAUUUUUCAGCAUCCACAAGCAUAGGAGUAAGCAACCUUAAAGGAAGUAACGAUCCCUUCGAAAAGAAGCAAAGCACUAAUUAUGUGAUCACAGAUCAUUUCCCAGAGGUGUCCUUAUAAAUAACAUACCCUUGAUUGGAUUUUUUUCAACCUGACCGACUGUUCAUCAUCUUUCCUUCAGGCGUCAGUGAACGCAGGCUCGGGUGCGAUUAGAGCCUCAACACUGAUCUCAGUGAGGUGAAGGGACUGUUCAUCACUAGAGGAACAUUGAUACAGAUGGUUUGAAAUUCUGGAGAUGAGCUUUUUGCUUUUUUUGAAUAAAAUAUUUAAGAAAAUA